CUUCUUAGUCGCUUUUAGGGAUUGCUGGGAAGAAGAAGGAGGCAGUCGAGGUUGGGCCAUUGGAGAAGCUGUCAUAGGUGGAACCACCAAGUAAAGCUCCUUAGUCGAGUCGGACAGCGCGGGGGGACACGUCUUUCACUUCCUGUGGGAGCUCUCGAGGAAAAGAUCCGGUGCCACCGCCUUCCCUGGCCGCCAUGAUGGAAGAGGAGAUCAUCGAGGACCGGGCCAAGCUCAAGCAGGGCCUGGUCAAAGUGCUGGAGUGCGUGGCCACCAUCUCCUCGGCCGCCGCCGUGGUCAACCCCAUUUUUGGCGUGGCGGGCUCGCUGAUCCGCGUGGUGCUGCACCACAUCGAUGACGAGGACAUCCGCACACUCAAGCGCGAGUUCGGCUCGGUCAACCGCGCGCUGGACGAGCUCUCGCACAAGAACCGCAAGGCGCUCGUGGAGAUCCAGAAGGAGACGCUGGACGGCCAGUACUGCCCGGUGGAGGAGAACCUGAAGAACCAAUUCAGGAAGUUCAUGGAGCUUGUGGAGGCGCGGCCGGAACACAGCGAGCGCAAAAAGGACGACUUUAUGGAGAGCUACGCCAACGACCUCGGCGACCAGAACCUGCACACGCUCUACGACGGCGUGGUGGGCAAGCGCAAGCUCUUCAGCCGGCCCAUCCUGGAGGUCUACCUGAAGCACUCUGGAGGCGACCGACGCACCAUGGAGCGCCUGUGCACGCGCCUCACCUACCUCUUCUGCAUCGGCCUCAUCGCCCUCAUGGGCUAUGCCGCCGUCAUCGGCGACGAUGACGCCGGCCUGAGCGAGGAGUGGGCCGAGAAGAUGGAGCACGUUCAGGAGAAGAUGCAGCAGGCGCUCCGCAUGUGCCACUGAGACCACAUUCCACAUGUGACUCCUCCCCCUACGUCCCCUUUUUCUCCUUCUGGAAGCCCUUUGGGACCACCCGCCAUCCUAACUGGAGUUCUUUGUUACAACUCACGCUUUCUGUGGCCUUCAGAGAACAUACUUUAUAUUCCCACAAGGACAACACAUUAAGAUUAUGUCUCCGUCAUGUUUAGGACCACCCAUGCGCUACAAAAAUGGGGUGUUGGAGGAUAUUAGACCCUCACUGAGAAGAAAAAAAAAGCAUCAUCGUCAGCAAAGCCAAAAACACGCACUCAUAGGUUCUCCAUAGAAGUGUUGUGUGUAUAAUCCCCACGGAGCUCCUAAAUGUCUAACCAUGCAGCAACACCAACAGUUACACUACUUAUCUCCACCGUAAAGCUUUAGUGAAACACUACAUAAUUACUUCCUUCCAUUGUUUGUCAUUUAAAAGAUGGGCAUUUGAGCUCAUUGAGGGGUUGAAUGUGAUUACUUUCAUUUUGUUGGAUGUGCACUUUACACGUGUAUAUAUAUACCACAUACAUGCACUACACAGCCGCCAUUUUGACAGCAUUUUAAGUUCAGCCAGCGGUGCCUCAAUGUCGGGGUUUUUUUCUUCAUUAGCUUUUGUGGCCAAAUUUUUUGUUACUCGGUCAUGGCCACGCCCCUCCCACAUGAUCAACAUCCCACAGAGUAUAGAAGUAUACAAAUGAUGGCUAGAAAUCUUUUCUAUUUUGUGUCAUGUUUUCUUUUGGCUCCUUAUGCAUGUUUGUACGCACCGCUUUCAAUACAUAUCAAAAUAAAUAUGAUCAAUGCCGCUGAUGG